UCAAGCCUAACUACUAACUAGGGUACUACGAACUAGACAGAGAGACACUGUACCAACAGACUCGAGCAGAGGACAUCAAGCACAUUGUUCCGAUGCCGGUUCAGCGCUUGCUGUCUUCUGACAGUUCUACGCUAGGUAGAGUUUCCGCUGUGCCUUUCCGCUGCUGCCUGAAGCACAUUCGUUAGAAGCACUUCAUGUGUUUCCAGCACCAACCAUGGCCGCCCGCGUUACAAUCACUCGUAGUCAACCAGGGAUACUUGUGCUUGUAGUCGUACUAUUUAUGAGCCCGCAUUUAUCGGUCACGGCAACAUUAGGCUAUCCGUCAUUCACUGGCGGGAAAUUCCCGGCAACUGACGGCCGUCAAGUUUCGUCCGACACAGCUAGCUCUCAUGGGACGGAGUUACCAGCUGCCGUUAGUGAAAAGAGUCGGCGGGAAUCAGAAACCGGUAGCGAUGGGACACCGACCAGAAGUUUUGUUGGCAAUUACCAGCCGUUGAGCGGUAGCCGUCCGGCAGGUUACUGCCGGCCGUUAAGUGGUGGUGGAAGGAGACGGCCGGUAACUCGCGACCCGCUUUUAGAGCUGAUUCUGCCGUGCGAAGAAUGGGAGGGGUGUGACUGGAGCGAUGUGAUUAAAACGGGGGGGAAGAUCGAAUCUGAAGAGGGGCGAUGGUUUGGGAAUCAACGGACAGGAACGCAUCCAGACGGCAGGCAUCAGGAGGAAUCGGGGUUUGGGGAGAUGGACGGCGGAGAUGAACCUGUGGGAUCGGGACGUGGAAUGAUUGACGGCGUGGAUGAGCCGAACGGGGAGGGUGAGGAGGGGUUUGGUCAGGGAGAAGGUGAUGAGUUGAAUGAGGGGGGGCCGAGAGGGUUAGAGAGGGGAGAGAAAGGGGAGCUUGAGGAGAGAGUUGAUGAGGGGGAAGCGAACGAGGAGGAAGAAGGGGAGGAGGAAGAGGAAGAAGAGGACGAGGAAGAUAUAAUCGAGUCUUUCUUUAAGGAGGCUGAUGAGUGGGAGAGAGAAGGCAGUGGUCAAACGGAUGGGCAGAGGGAUCCUGAGGGCGUUGACCCGAGGACGAGACGUAACACAUGGCGGAGGGGUAGCAGGCGGAUGCAGGGGAGGCGCAGAGUGAGCGGAGUGAGCGGAGUGAGGGGAGUGGGGGGAGUGGGGGGAGUGGGCGGAGUGGGCGGAGUGAGCGGAGUGGGGGGAGUGGGCGGAGUGGGCGGAGUGAGCGGAGUGGGGGGAGUGGGCGGAGUGGGGGGAGUAAGCGGAGUUCCCGAGGGGGUAAGAAGAGGCGGGAGAACAAGGAGGCGGAGGCUGGUGGACGGAUGGGUGUCGGGGCCGGCGGAAAAAGCACAGUCGGCGUUCUGGUGGGUGAAUGAGGCGGGAAACGAGGAGGAGAUGCUGACUCAGCACCACGACUGGUACCAGUGGCAGUGGCCGGUGGAGCGGUUAGGAAAGACGUGGCGGGGCAUGUUCAUGCGAGGAGCAAGAUUCGAUAUUGCAAACAUCCCCUCAUGCAAGGGCGUUCUCCCCCAACCGGCCUAUUCCAACCUCACCAUCCUCGGGCGAGAUGCCAACGAAACGGAGCUCAAGAUUCUCGGCAACGUGCGCCGCAAGCAGGAGAAGCGCGAAGCGAUUCCCCAGGACCUCCUGGACUCGAUGCCCAAGGAGCGCUGGCUCAUCUGGGCCCCGCGGUUCGGCCUGGGAAACUCUCUACGGGGAUAUACCUCGGCUUUUAUAUACGCGAUGCUGUCGGGGAGGCGGUUCCUGCGCUGGCACGGGGGCCCACAUAAGAAGGUCCUGGAGCGUCUGUGCGAUGCGUUCUACUGUGGGCUCGACGAGUUGCACUAUAGAGGGGAUAUGCGCAAGCACACGAAGUUGAUGGAAGGGCGGGAGCUUGUGAUCCAUGGGCUCAACUACUACGCUGCUGUCAUGGCUGUCAACUCGGGCGCCUUCUUCGACGCCUUCUGGCGCACAGAACCGCAGAUCAACCAGUGUGUGCAUGACGCCUUCGGCUGCCGCUCCCUCUGGUGCAUCCAAGCGUCAGUGCUCUCCCUGCUCCUCGGCCAAGGGCCGAAGCCAGGGGUGCAGGAGGUGGUGGACAGGGACCUGAGGGUGGUGCCCCCGCUGGUGUUCAAGGGGGGCGGAAUGGGGAUGGAGGAGGGGGAGGCGAAGGGGGGGAAGGUGGAGCCGCAGAUGGUGGCUAAAGGCGAGGGACUGAGGCUCCAGUUCGAUCUCUCCAUUCAUAUUCGAGGGCAUUCAGUCAACGUGGAGGGUGACCACUGCAAGGACAAGGACACGAGAUGCCAGGAAAGGGCCCAACAGGCGGAGAUCUCGAGGGCACACAACCUGAUGAAGCCCAACCGCUGGCGCUGCAUUGCCAGGCUGGCACAGUUCCUGCGUGUUAAGAAGGCCGCUGCUGGCGGGUUCCCCAACGCUACUACAGCCGCUGCUGGCUGGAUUGUCAACGCUACAGCCGCUGCCCGCUGGUCGGCCAAUGCUACAGCCGCUGCUGGCUGGAUUGCCAAUGCUACAGCCUCUGCUCGCUGGUCCGCCAAUGCUACAGCCGCUCGUUCUGCCACCGUUGCUGCAAGCAACGCCACGGCUCAUGCCAGUUCUAAUGCUACAGAUGCAGCAUCAGCACCUGCAUCUGCCCCUCCAUCUCGCCCAGCACCUCUUAACCAGCCUCGUGCUACAAUCAUGGCACCCGCCAGUGCUUCUAGCCCAUAUCCCAUGGCUCCCCCCUCCGCCUCCUCCCCCCCCCCUCAUCCCGCACUUGCCUCCACAGCAGCCCCUUCAUCUUCCCCCCUCCCUAACUCUACAGCCAUAUCCUCCUUAAUAGCAGCUUCGACGACAAAGCGACGCCUGCUACAGUAUGUGCAGCGGAACGCUAGAAAGGGAAGGAGCAGGCGGGAGCGCAGGAGGAAGCUGCAAGGAAGGAGAAGGUUGCAGGAGGAAUGGACAGUGGAUGAUUCAAAUCUUGUGGCUUCUAUCGUGCCACCUGGCGGGCCAUCAGCCGCACACCUGGGCCACUUGAGGAUAUUUGUGGCCACAGAUACAGACAUUCUUCGAUCGCAAGUGGUGGAGAUCUUACGGCCGUUUGGCGAGGUGUAUUUCUCCGUUUCGCCUGCAGUGCACUUGUCGAAAACAGGGGGGAGUCACCUGGCCACUCUUGCGGAUUUUGUGCUUCUAAGCAAAGGGGCGGUUCUGGCGAGCUUUACUAGAUACAUUAGCACGUUUGCAUUAUUUGCAGGCAUGUUGGGCAAUGGGACACUUGUUGCUGAUCCUGCGUCAGACCACACUUGCCGCUUUGUUGUGGAGCAUAUGGGAGAGCUGUGGCCUUGAAGUGUGCAAGCAUGUAUUGAACACUUUUACUAUAUUUUCUUCCUAGUGCCAUU